AUGUGUUACUACAGCAGCUACUAUGGAGGCCUGGGCUAUGGCUAUGGAGGCCUAGGCUAUGGCUAUGGCUGUGGCUAUGGUGGCUAUGGCUGUGGCUAUGGUGGCUAUGGUGGCUAUGGCUAUGGCUGUUGCCGCCCAUUGUGCUGCAGAAGGUACUGGUCCUAUGGCUUCUAUUGA